AUGGACGCAAACACUAUGGAAAACCACAAGGGACUCAACACGGUUGUUGAAGAUACUGUCAUUGCCGACGAAGCCAGCACCACCGAAACUGGUACUGGGGAGCCCCUUCCCAAGAAAAAGAAGAAGUCCCACUCCCAAGCAUAUUAUGACCGGCGGAAGACACAGGACUUCUCCCGUCUCCUCGUGCGCGCGAUCCCACUCUCCCCCAAAGGCCAAGAGUAUAUACUGAGACAACAUGAUACCGAACCACAGCUGGUAGAAGCUGCUGAGGCGGCUGCCGAGCCUAGCCAAACGCCCCCCAACUACCGCUACCCACCCCACCAAUCUUGA